AUGCGGAGCCUUGGGCUCAGUGAUCGCCCGGUGAGCGAGUGGUCUGCGAAGGCGAAAGCCCAAGUCAUGGAGAGCUUCCACGGUAGCUUCAAUGCCCUCGAACAUUAUGUUGCCCAGGGAGAGGCAGAUGGCAAGCUUGUCUUUGCAAAAGAACACUGCAACUUUUUAGAAGUCCCGAGCUCCCCCCUAGAUACUAAGGCAUUCACUGUCCAACUACCGGAUAGGUACGCGAAACCCGGAGACGUGGUGUCUGUGGGAAACCCAACAGUCCUACCGGACGAAUUCCUGCGCUCAUGGAUCCCCAUCUUCUUGAUUCGCCAUCCCGCCAGGCUAUUUCCUUCGCUAUGUCGUGCCCUACUGGAGUUUCAUCGGAUGUCUCUCCGCGGGACCCGCCGUUUAUAUGACUGGUAUGCGAAUGACAUCCGCUCAAGGGGGUCCCCAUCAGACCCGAUCCUGCUCGAUUCUGACGACGUGAUCAACGAGACUGGCGUCAUUGAGCAGUUGCCCGCCCAGGAGUCCAAAUUAGCUCAGGCCAGUUCCUCCGAUGACCUGUUCCUGGACACUUUGAUGACAUCCAGCGGGAUCCAGAGUGAUAAGGUAGCGGGCAAUAUAAAUAUUGAUGAGGAAGCCAUCAAGUGGCGAGCAGACUUUGGCGACGCGGUUGGCGCGCUUGUUGAGCGAUGUGUAAAAGAGGCGAUGCUUGAUUACAAUCAUUUGAAAUCCACGAGGCUCCUUGGAGUGUGA